GGUAAACAUAAUUAGUGACAAAGAGAUUAGUAAUCUCAUCUCCCAGAACGCACUUGUUCUACCCCACCUCGACUAUCUCUGAUAUCUCCGCUGCCUCUUCUUCUAUUGUACACCACUCUACUCAACAAUGUCCCGCUCGAUAUCCUCUUCUGAACUCGCAGCUCACAAGUCCGCCUCCUCCUGCUGGGUCGUCAUCCACGGCAAAGUCUACGACGUCACCGCGUUCCUCCCCGACCACCCUGGCGGAAAGCGCUCCAUCCUCACCCGCGCUGGCAAAGAUGCCACCGCUGACUUUGACGCAAUUCACCCGCCUGGCACUCUUGAAGAGGUUUUCAAGAACGGGGAAGGUGUUGUUGGCGUCGCUUCUGAGUCCUCGGACUCUUCAGACUCUGCCUCUGUCUCUGCCUCUGCCUCUGCAUCUGCAUCUGCAUCCACCUACACAGAAACCCCCGCAGACAUGAUCAACAUCGCCGACUUUGAAGAACACGCCUCGCGCACCCUCUCCAAAAAAGCCUGGGCCUACUACUUUUCCGCAUCUGACGACCUCUACUCGAAAAACUUCAACCACGACGUCUUCGCCAAAGUCAUGUUCCGCCCUCGCAUCUUCCGCGACGUCACCAAAGUAGACACCUCCUCCUCCAUCUUCGGCGUCUCUACCUCCCUCCCCAUCUUUGUCUCCCCCGCCGCUCUUGCCCGUCUUGCACAUCCUGACGGUGAAAAAGCCAUCGCACGCGCUUGCGGCAAGCAGGGCAUCCUCCAGAUGAUCUCCAACAACGCAUCCCUCAAGUACCCCGACAUUGUCACCGCCCGCGUCUCCGCCGACCAGCCAUUCGCCUUCCAGCUCUACGUUCAAAAUGACCGUGCACGCAGUGUGCAGCAGCUCAAAGAUGUCGUCGCCGCAGGCUGCCGCGCCAUCGUCCUCACUCUCGACGCGCCUACCCCCGGUAAGCGCGAGCUCGACGAACGCGUCGGACGCGAAGAGGCCCGCGCAAGUGGCAUCCAAGACGAAGACUCCAGUGAGCCACUUUCUGCCAGCUCUGGUCUUGGAGGUAAGCAAGAAACCGGCGGCGGCGUCGGUCGUGCACUUUUCCAGGGCACCGCUGGUGAUCUAGUUUGGAGUGAUCUUCUCUGGCUCAAAGCGCAGCUGCCGGACUACAUGAAAAUCGUGCUCAAAGGUUUACAAACCGUCGAAGACGUCGUCCUCGCCGCGCAGCAGCGAGAUCCAAAGACUGGCAAACCGCUCGUCGACGGCGUCAUCAUCUCCAACCACGGCGGCCGCGCAGUCGACGGUGCGCCUGCUCCACUCAUGGUCCUCGAGGAACUCAGACUCUACACACCAGAGGUAUUCACCCAGCUCGAGAUCUAUCUCGACGGAGGAAUCAGACGUGGAACCGAUGUCGUCAAGGCCCUUUGUCUUGGUGCCACUCAGGUCGGUAUCGGUCGGCCUGCUUUGUUUUCCCUCGCUGGCGGAUUUGGCGAGAAUGGUGUCCACAGAGUCAUUCAGAUCCUCCGCGAAGAAGUCGAGACCGCAAUGCGGUUACUAGGCGCAACUUCGCUCGACCAGCUCGGCCCCCACUACGUCAACACCGCCCAACUCGACUCCAUAAUCGGUCCCAGUCCUGCCGCUGCCGCCGCUUCUGCUGCUGCAUUCACCAAAUCAAAGCUGUAAUCGUAGCAUAUUUUGUUUAUCGUACAAGUUCAUAGACCGAUAGAAUCAGAGC